GGGAUGUCACUCACACAAUAGGGUCUUGGUCGAGGGGGAGCCAUAUAAGGCCCCUGGGGGCCACUGCAUCCUCAGUGUGUGCAGGACCACUGGAGAAAGUUGCUUCUGCUGAAACAGCCUGGACUACUGGAAGAGAGUCUGUUGCAUAGGAAACAGGGGAAAUCUGAAAUCUUCUGAAACUAAACGUUCAAUGAGGCUCGUUGGAUCUCAGUCACUAGACAUGGAAGAGCGUCUCUCCCCAUCCGCGCGCGCGGUUCGCAGUCCUGGAUCCCAAACGCGGAUCCACAGCAUUGAAUCCAUUUUGGGAUUUAAAGGAGAGAAUAUUUUCCACCCGGUGUUUUCGUAUGGUUCCGGGAAACCGGUGAAAGACACCGAGCGUUUGGCUUCCCCCCAAAAAGAUUCCAAGAACUCCAAAAACUUUGAUGGUGUCUGUAGAUCCGCCGUCAUGGUCAGCCCAGAUCUGCCGGAUGUGGAUGCUGGAAAAUUGUCGGAUGAUGAAAAUCCGAAGAAAAAGCACCGGCGGAACCGGACCACGUUCACCACCUUCCAGCUGCACGAGCUCGAGCGAGCGUUCGAGAAGUCGCAUUAUCCUGACGUGUACAGCAGAGAGGAGCUCGCGCUCAAGGUCAACCUGCCGGAGGUUCGCGUGCAGGUUUGGUUCCAAAACCGUCGUGCAAAGUGGCGACGUCAGGAGAAGCUGGAGGUGAGCUCCAUCAAGCUGCAGGAGUCCUCCAUGCUGUCCAUCCCCAGAUCGGGACCGCUAUCUCUGCCAUUAGAGCCCUGGCUUACCGGACCCAUCACCUCCUCCAGCUCUCCCCUGCAGUCACUCCCCAGCUUCAUCACCCCUCAGCAGGGAGUACCAGCCAGCUACAACCCUCCACAGUUCCUCAGCUCAUCCACGCUCAACCACCCUCUGCCCCAUAUAGGAGCAGUGUGCCCCCCUCCAUCAGCGUAUCAGUGCUCGGGCUUUAUGGAUAAAUUUACACUAGAAGAAGUCGACCCACGAAACACAAGUAUCGCCUCGCUAAGAAUGAAAGCGAAAGAACACAUCCAGUCUAUAGGGAAGACGUGGUAGAGUGGGAAGGAUGCUGGACUGAGACACUCAGAGACUUGUUUGCAUCUCCUUUAACUUUCUAAAUCAGACUCUGUUUGAUGGUUUGAUAGUUUUCAUCUGUUUGUGGCUCAGAAAACUCCCAGAGUUGUUCAUUAUGGAUGACAAGCUUUGUAAAACAAAUUCACUGUACAUUACUUUUUACAUUACAUCUUUUUUUUAUCAUGAGAUAAUUUAAUAAAGCUUUCUCAAAUACACAACCAGACCUAAUUCAAUCAUUAAAAUAAUUGCAUUUAAAGCAUUCAAAGAGAGAAAUUAAAAUUAGCAUUAUAAAUGCAUGCAUUUAAUUUCAUUUGAAUCACAUUUGUCCCAUUUAAAAUCAUAUUUGAGCCUUCAAUUCUAGUCAAAGGGUUUCAUUGUUAAGUACUAUUGUAUGAUGCAGAUGGUCAUUCUCCAUGACAUUUUGAUCUAUGCUUUAACAUUGUACAGAUGAAUUUUGUAUUUUAUAAUAAAAACAAGUUUAAAAGAA